UCUGUCAAAUAGAAAACGGAUCGUUGCACUCACAGGAACGCUAAAAUUGAUAAAAUAAUAAGAUUUCUAUGGAUUUAGAUUAAUAACUCAUCUUGUACUUAUUAAUUUUAACUAUGUUUUGGAGCGGAAACUAUAUUGGAGUUAGGGAGUUAAAUUUUCUUCUCAAAGAGGAGAAUGUUACGUUGUCACAAGUGUUGGAGGCGGACGAUAUUCUGCAAGAAUGCAAGGUGGACAACAAAGCUCUCAUACAGUUUUUGACAAAGCCAGAGAUCCUAGCAGAACUUAUAACUUUAAUAACGGAGGAGCCACCUAAGAAUUUGGAGCUUGCCUCACAGUACCGGCAUGCAAACAUUGCAUGUGAGGUGCUCACCAGCCACCUGUCCAUGCUGAGUGACCGUCUCUCACUGGAUGCUGUGCAAAUGAACCGCCUCUGCGACUUCCUCAAGAAAGAUCCACCUCUAAAUCCCUUGCUAGCAUCAUAUUUCAGUAAAACUGUUGAGAUGCUGUUGGAGAGGAGCCCCAAACAGGACUGUUACCUGUACCACAUAGUGUGCCUCCGAGUGCUGGACUUCUUCAAGUCCCGCCGCGACUUCCUGCCGAAUCUGCUGCGACACAUGUCCACCUCUGCCAUCGCUGACACUUUCAAGUAUUUCAUUAGGCUGGAUGACCUCUUUAAAAAAACUGUCAUGGAGUGGUUAGAAGAGCACCAGUUCUUGGAGUGUUUGAUACAAAUAAUCUGCGGCACGUACGUCCCUGAGGAGAUCCCAGCGGCGGUGGCGCAGCCCGAGCCGCCGGAGAAGGCGGAGCGCGAGACCAGCGAGAAGCCCGACGCCAACCACAAGGAAGAGGCCAAGGACGCCGGCGGUAGCGACGCCGACGGGGAUAAAGGUUCACCAAAGCCAGAAAACAGCACGGAGACGAGUUCAACAGUGGAGGCCGAGGCGGCGGAGGAGGCGAAGUUUCGCAUCGCGGCCGUCGCCUCCGCCAACGCCGCGUCGCUGCUGUGCGACCUCAUCGUGAACGUGUGCGCGGCGGAGGGCUGCGUGACGAGGCGCGCGAGCUGGGAGCUGGUGUGGCGCCUGCAGGCCGAGGCGGGCGUGCGCGCGCUGCUGGCCGGCAUGUUCACGUCGCCGCCGCGCGCGCGCCGCACCGCGCUCGUCAACGGCUGCCAGCUGCUGCGCGCGCUGCUGCUGCACGAGCCCAUGCUGCGCAUGAAGAAGGCGGCCAGCGACGAGGAGGCGGGCCGCGCGGCGCCGCCGGCCGACUGCGAGGAGCGCAGCAGCGUGGAGCUGGCCGUGGCGCCGCACCUGCCGCUGCUGCACCACGCGCUGCUGCGGGACCCCGCCGCGGCGCACGUGAGCCUUACUCCACCAUUUAAUUGCAUGACAUGUGAAUGUGAUGUGGUUGCGUGGGCGCAGACGUCGCCGGGCGUGGGCGAGGGCGGCGGCGGCGGCGUGGGGCUGGCGCGCGUGCAGGUGGCCGCGCUGCUGGCGCACCUGGCGCUGUCCGAGGUGGCCGACGUGCCCACCACCAUGCUCACGCUGGGCACGCCGGGAGUGCUGAUCGACAUGUUCUUCCGCUACCCCAACAACAACUUCCUGCACGCUCAGGUGUACACGCUCAUCAACCACGCGCUCACCAAUCGCGUGUACCGCAUGCAGUACGCCAGGCAUUUGUUAGUGGAGUGCGACCUGCUGACGCGGCUGAUGGACGUGUUCGAGGAGAACCAGAACAACAAGUCGGGCCCGCGCGCGGCCUGCAUGGGGCACGCGCUGCUGGCGCUGGCGCGGCUGCUGCGCGCGCUGGCGGCGCCCGAGCUGCUGGCGCUGCUGCCGCCGCCCGCCGCGCGGCGCUGGCCCGCCUUCCGCGACGACGCGCUGCGCCCGCUGCUGCAGCAGCACGACACGCCGCUCGGCGGAUACUAUCCCUCCGAGAAUAUAUACGAGAUGGAAAUAAUGGCUGACACACUAGCGGCGAAUUACGAUUUCAACGAUAUGGCGGCGACGGCCACUAUGGAUGAACUUGCAGACGACGUGAACGCCGAUGGCGACGACGGGAAUGAGAUGUGCGGCGCCAUGGGCUCGGGCGCGGACUCCGCAGACUUCAUCGCGGACGGGCUCGGCAUUGAUGACGGCGACAUGAGGAUAGCUAAAAACAACUUCUUGGAGUUGGCCAGUCAAAGAUUCGAUGAUGACAUGUGGGAGGAGUCGUGCGAGGCGGAGGGCGAGGCGGACGAGGCGGGCGAGGCGCGCCAGCUGCUGGACCAGCAGUCGCCGUGGGACAGCGCGGGCGCGGAGGCGGCGGGCGGGGGCGCGGGCCGCCGCGCCCCCCGCGCCCCCCUCCCCCUGGCCGCGCACAGCGACGACUUCGCUGCGCAGGACUUCUCGCCCUUCUGGGCUUACGCCGACGAGCACGCCAACGAACAAGAAUUGGAAGCGGGCAUGCGUUCCCUGCGGCUGGAAGACAAGAGCAUGGACGAGGCGUCCAGUGUGGAGCUGGCCAACAACCUGCUGACGGCCAUGUCCGCCAUGUCGGCCGACGCCAUCGCCAACAUCGUGAACGCCAACCUGCCGUCGUCGGCGGACGAGCCCCCAGCGGCCGAGCCCCCGGCGGGCCCCGCGGCGGGCCCCGCAGCGGGCCCCGCGGCCGCCCCCGCGGGCCCCAGCGGCGCGGGCGUGGACGCGGAGCGGCGGUGA